AUGCAAUUCAAGUAUGGUCCAUCGAAGGUCUUGCUCCAUGGUAUUAGGGAAGGCUCUGUUCGUCAUGUGAAAGCUUCAAAGCUGAAUAAACUUCAAGACGAAACUGCACAGUUGGCUAUGCUUUAUGUUCAGGACUACGUUAAGGAUGAACAUAUUAUGCUCUACUCCCUUGAUGCAAAACCUUCAUCCGAACCAGGAGAACCGUUUCUUGACCAGUUGCUUGAAGAGUUUUCAGAUAUCUUCUUAACGCCGUCUACUCUUCCUCCGUUUCGCGAACAUCACAACUAUCAGAAUCCUUUACUAGAAGGCUCAAACCCUGUGAAUCAAAGACCUUACCGUUAUGCACUUCAUCAGAAGAAUGAGAUAGAUAAGAUUGUGCAUGAUAUGCUGGAUGCAGGUACGAUCCAAAACAGCUCUAGCUCUUAUGCUUCACCUGUUGUUUUAGUCAAGAAAAAAGACGGAACUUGGCGUCUUUGUGUGGAUUAUUGA